UGUACUUGGGUGGUUCAUCCGAGUAACAGCAGCAUCCUAGACCGUGCAUCCUCCUCCGUACCAGUCUCCGUCUCGUUUGUUUGUGUUGCUCUUGGUUCCGGAUCCGUAUGUCCUGCGCCAAGAAGAUGAUCAAGCGUUCGAUCGUUCUGAGCUGCCUGGUGGCCGUGGUCCUCGCAACGGCUGACCUGGAGGGCGCCGAGUCCGGCUGGAGUGGCUGGAAGAGCGGCGGUGGUGGUGGUGGCGGCUGGAGCGGUGGUGGUGGUGGUGGCAAGAAGAUCAUCAUCGUCACCUCGGGCGGUGGUGGUGGCGGUCAUGGCGGCUGGAGCAGCGGCGGCGGAGGAUACGGUGGUGGUAUCUCCAAGGGAUGGUCCAGCGGCGGCGGUGGCGGCUAUGGGGGUGGUGGGCAUGGAGGAUGGAGCAGCGGGGGAGGUGGCAGCUAUGGUGGAGGCCACGGAGGAGGUCUGAGCUCGGGAUGGAGCAGCGGUGGUGGACGUAGCCUGGGCAGUGGAUGGUCAUCGGGUGGUCAUGGAGGCGGCUGGUCCUCAGGAGGCGGUCUGAGCAAGGGCUGGUCUUCCGGUGGGCUCGGAGGUGGCUAUGGAGGUGGCAGCUAUGGAGGUGGCAGCUAUGGAGGCGGCUAUGGAGGUGGUCACGGAGGAGGUUGGUCGUCGGGUGGCAGCGGUAUCAGCAAGGGGUGGUCUUCGUCCUCCAGUCUUGGCGGAGGAUACGGUGGAAACGCUGGCCAUGGAGGUGGCUGGUCGUCCGGAGGUGGCCUCAGCAAGGGCUGGUCAUCCGGUGGAAGCGCUGGCUACGGAGGUGGCAGCUACGGAGGUGGCUGGUCCUCGGGAGGUAGCUCCGGUGGCUGGGGAUCGAGCGGAUGGUAAAUGGUGCCCCAUGACAGCGCCGGACACGGACCCCGACUCACUGCCCUGACGCAACCGAUCCGGUGUUAUUUCGUUGAAGGAAUCCCAAUAAAAGGAACAGCGCGUUUUGUAC